GACAAAACAGAGAAUUUUGACUCUGCUUCGAUGUACUAAGUGUAACACGUGUAAACAACUAUAUAUAUACAGAGUAAUUGUUCAUGCAGACUUACCACUGAUUUACAGCUCUAUAUAUUUGAACUAUUUACUGUAAAAUGUAUAACACGUUGCCUUCCUCUUUUUUUACGCGUGCCUUUUGUUUUUAUUUUUACGUGCGCCUUUUAGUUUUACUUCCGCGAGGUGGAGACUGGCUUUUCCCACCCAUCAAUGUUUAGGAAGUUGCUUCAUUUGGGAAAUACAGACCGAUACUUGUCAACCAGCUAAACUAACCUUAAUUAACCGUCCUGACCGUCCGUUGGGCGUCAGGUGUCCGCGCGCUGACAUUAGUUUUACGCAUUAGUUUUACGCAGAAGCUCGCGUUCACGGGUGGACUGUUUUACGAUGAAUAAACCGCUUACUCCCAGCACCUAUAUUCGUAAUCUUAGUUUCUCUUUACGUCGUGAAUUAUCUUAUUUCUUAGACCCUCAAGAAGGAUGGAAAGAUGUGAUUAUGUGUAUACGGAAACCGAGUGGGGAGCUCAAGUACUGUCAACACCACGUCAGGCAGUUUGAACUUUUACUUCAGCAAGGAAAAAGUCCCACGAUAGAGUUACUGAAUGAUUGGGGAACGACAAACUGCACCGUGAGAGACCUGGUGGAUAUUUUGAAGAGCCAACAGUUACUGGCUGCUGCUAGUCUUUUAUUACCAGAAGAGGUUUCGAGUAUGCCUGACCCACUCGCUGCUGCAGAGCCAGACCCUGAUGCCACUGUUGUGAUCGGUGAAAGUAGAAGAGCCAAAGAGGAUGUUACUACAGUUCUGCAAACACACACUGAACAGAAGAGUGAGGAAUCCGACCACACAGGCCUCUGCAGGUUCCUGUUUGCUGACCUGAGGCAGCUCACCGGGGACUUUGACAAUCGCCCAGUGUCAGAGGGAGGGAGACGGCUGGGAGAGGGAGGAUUUGGGACGGUUUAUAAAGGAUUUCUGAGCAACAGAGCUGUAGCUGUGAAAAAACUCAACCCUAUGGAAAACGUCACGAUGGAGGAGCUGCAAGUUCAGUUCAAUCAAGAGAUACAGACGCUGCAAACGUUAAAACACGAAAACCUGGUGGACAUGGUUGGAUUUUCCAGCGAUGGACCUAGCCUGUGUUUGGUCUAUGCCUUCAUGCCCAAUGGGUCUUUACUGGACAGACUGGCCUGCUCGGAGGGCAGUCGUCCUCUGUCCUGGGUCCAGAGAUGCUCCAUCGCUUUAGGAACAGCCCAGGGUCUUGAAUACCUUCACUCCAAUCACCACGUCCACAGAGACAUUAAGAGUGCGAACAUCUUGCUGGAUGAAAAUUUUGUGGCAAAGAUCUCAGACUUUGGUUUAACUCGAGCCUCUUCCAAAAACUCUUCGUCCACGGUGGUGACCGGCAGAGUCGUCGGCACUACUGCGUAUAUGGCCCCAGAGGCUCUGAGGGGACAGAUCACCCCCAAAUCAGACAUCUUCAGCUUUGGAGUGGUUUUGUUGGAAAUCCUGUCAGGACUCCCUCCAGCCGACGAGGACAGAGAACCUUCGCUCCUGAUGGAGCUGAGGUACGACAUUGAUGACGAUGAUGAAGAGCUGACUCUGCAGAUGUUCCUGGACAAACACAUGAGUGACUGGGACAUGGGGCAGGUGGAGUCAGUCUACUCUCUGGCCUCAAACUGCCUCUACGACCAAAAGAAUAGACGACCACUCAUAACACAGGUGGUGGCCGAACUGAAAAGCGUCAUCAAAAACAUUUCAGUGGACUCCAAGUGAGAAACCUGAGCUGUUACACUGGACUGAACAUAUUAUUUGGACAGUAUUCAUUUAGCCUGAAUGAGAAUAUGAAAAUAUGAUGUAUUUAAACAGAUGUAUGUGAUCCUGUCAUGACUGAAUGAAGCCAAAACUUUAAGUGACUUGUUGUGACUGGAAUGUUAUGUAGGCGAUGGAAGCAGUGCUAUGUAAAAUGUAUGUAUUUUUACCUGAAAUGUAUUUUUAUAAUACUAUUAUUAAACAGUUUAGGGUUAU